CACACUCCCCCUAGAAGUGGGACUCUUAACCCUUUAUAAAUACCCUGUGUCUGCCAUCUUCAACUUCACAAGAUCUUGUUAUGCCAAGUUGUUUACAAGAUAAUAUUUUGGAAUUUCAUCCUGUAAUCAGUUUUCGAUCUUCCAAAUGGCUGGAAUUGUGUUGGUUUUCGACUUUGAUAAGACGAUUAUCGACUGCGAUAGCGAUAAUUGGGUGGUCGACGAAUUGGGUUUUACCCAGUUGUUCAAUGAGCUUUUGCCUACAAUGCCUUGGAACUCUCUCAUGGAUAGGAUGAUGAGAGAGCUUCACUCUCACGGGAUUACAAUUGAACAGAUCGAGGAGUGUUUGAAAAGGGCUCCAUUGCAUCCCCGGAUCAUUACCGCCAUUAAAUCAGCCCAUGCUCUUGGGUGUGAGUUGAGGAUUCUGAGCGAUGCGAAUCGAUUCUUUAUUGAGACAAUCCUGAAACAUUAUGGGUUGAUGGAUUACUUCUCUGAGAUUAACACGAACCCAAGUUUCGUUGAUGAAGAAGGGAGGCUUAGGAUCACCCCUUACCAUGAUUUCACCUCCUCUCCUCAUUGCUGCAAUAACUGUCCUCCUAACAUGUGCAAGGGUCUGGUGAUUGAGAGGAUACAAGCUUCUACAUUUGCAGAAGGGAAGAAAAGAUUCAUCUAUCUGGGAGAUGGAAAGGGUGAUUACUGUCCAAGUCUGAAGCUUAAUGAAGGAGACAGAGUGAUGCCUAGGAAGAACUUCCCACUCUGGGAGAUGAUUCGCAGUAACCCAUUACUCAUCAAGGCAGAGAUUCAUGAAUGGAGCUAUGGAGAAGAGCUUGAAAGGCUACUAUUGCACUUGAUCAACAUGAUCAUCAUUGAAGAGAGCAGCAAGGGUCAGUUUAUUUCUGGGGAUUGCAAGUUUGAGACUAUUCCAAUUUCUAGCCAUGAAUCCUUUCCCAAAGCUCUUCCUGUUCCUCAUUAAGUCUUCUCAUUAGACAACUAAUUAAAUGUUGGUUCAGAAGCCAAGCCAACUACAUAGCUUUUACUCUCUUUUUUCCUUUUCUUUUUAGGAGGUUCUCCUUUCUUUCAUAUUAGUGAAAAAGCUGCAUUUCUGGUUGUGACCCAGUUCUGUAAUGUGAAAAAGGAACAGAAAUCCAUAGAAAUAAUGGAAGUGGAAAUGGAAAAUCCAGUUUUAAAAUUUCAAA